CAGCAUCGCCUCUUUGAUCGCUUCAAUUUCACAGAACAUUGUAAAAAGAAAAAGAAAAGAGAGAGAGAGAGAGAGAGAGAUUUCUCUCCAGCAUGCAAACUCCGAGUCGACCCAAAAAUUUUUCCACUUUUACUAAUCCAAAUCUUCUGAAUUACCAUUUUCAGUCGUCUCUCUCAUACCCCCACCAUCAAUUUCUCUCCAAUUUUGAGCUUGUUCUUCCAUGGCGAGUUCAGACGUGGAAGCAGUGCUCGAUUUUCUGAAGAAAAAUGGGUUUUCAGAAGCAGAGUCAGCUCUCAGAAGGGAUGUGGUUGAAAAAUCCGAGUUGGGUUCUUUUGAUUUUGAGAAAUUCUUCUUUCCUAUGGUUCCUGCUCCACCUCCGGUCAGAAUUCCGUCUACUUCCCGGAAGUUGGCGGCUCUUACUGACGGCGAUGAUCGUUCUGGAUCGAUCUCUGUUUCCUCUGAUGAUGAGUUUGUUAGCUUGAGAUCUUCUACUUCUGAUGUUUGCUCCUCGGAAUUCAUCAAUCCUUAUGGCAUUCCUUCAGAUUCUUCUUCAGAUAUUGCCUCUCAGUUCGAUACGGCGCGUGAUUACCAUGAAUUUGAUUUGCAGAAUGAUCUGCUUUGGUAUGAUGAGAAAGAGGAUGUGAAUUUCAUGACACCUUCUUUUGAGGGUCAGGAUUUCUUUGGCUGUCCAAGUGAGGAUAAGUUUAUAAUGACUACCGAGAGAGACGAGCAAUUUAGUAGUUUGUCAGCUCCGGCAAAGUCCAUUCUUUGUCAUUCAGCUCCCUCGAGUGAUGAAAGUUUGAUCGAGGUUGCAGACCAUCCUUACAGUGUCGAUAGAUUUAAUCAACUUAAAGGAAGCUUUGUGGGGCUCUCUGAGGGUUCUGUUCCUUUUUGUAAAUGCUGUGUUGCUAAUGAAGAGUUUUAUAACAAGAAGUCUGCAGAUUGUAAUUAUCUGAAUCCCAGUUUUAAUGAAAUGGAUUCAAAUGAUUUCGAGUUGAAAGUAGUUAAGGACAUUGCUGCUAACUGUGAUUUGGUUCCUCAAAGUGAUUCUUCAACUGAUAUAUAUUCAACUUCUAACUUCAUCCAAGGAUUUGAAGAUCACAAUGACUCCCAAAAUAAGAUCCUUGAGAAAAGUUAUAUACUUAAUGCAGCCGACGGGUUUAAAGUUGAUAGUCAUGGAGAAGUAGAGGAGGAAACCAAUGAAUCCGAACCAGGAGAUGGUGUUGCUGCUGACAACGAGCUCCCGAUGUAUUAUACUAACGAUGAUGAAUUUGAAGUCUUUGAUCUGCGAAUUAUACAUAGAAAGAACAGGACUGGAUUUGAAGAGAGCAAGGAUUUGCCUAUUGUGCUAAAUACAGUCCUUGCAGGCAGAUACUAUGUAACCGAAUAUCUAGGAUCGGCUGCUUUUAGUAGAGUUGUUCGAGCACACGAUCUUCAUACGGGAGUAGACGUUUGCCUAAAGAUCAUUAAAAAUGACAAAGAGUUUUUUGAUCAGAGCUUAGAUGAAAUCAAACUUCUAAAGCUUGUCAACAAACAUGACCCUGCAGAUCAGUGCCACAUUUUACGGCUUUAUGACUACUUUUAUCAUCAGGAACAUCUCUUCAUUGUUUGCGAGCUACUUCGAGCAAACUUGUAUGAAUUUCAAAAGUUCAAUCAAGAAUCUGGUGGAGAUGAUUAUUUUACAUUCUGUAGGUUGCAGGUUAUUACACGCCAAUGUUUGGAGGCAUUGGAGUUCUUGCAUCAUUUAGGAAUCAUUCACUGUGAUCUAAAGCCAGAAAACAUUCUUAUUAAAAGUUACAAACGGUGUGAGAUUAAGGUUAUUGACCUUGGAAGCAGUUGCUUUCAAUCAGAUAACUUGUGCCUAUACGUUCAGUCACGAUCAUAUAGAGCUCCCGAAGUAAUGCUUGGUCUCCCAUACGAUCCAAAGAUUGAUUUGUGGUCCCUCGGUUGUAUAUUAGCUGAGCUAUGGUCCGGAGAAGUAUUGUUUCCGAACGACGCAGUUGUAAUGAUCCUUGCACGCAUGAUUGGAUUUUUCGGUCCCAUCGACCUGGAGAUGCUCCUUAAAGGACAGGAGACACACAAAUACUUCACUAAAGAAUAUGAUCUGUUUUAUAUAAAUGAGGAAACUGAUCAAAUGGAAUUUAUCAUCCCUGAAGAGUCUUCCUUGGAGGAUCAUCUGCAAGUUUUCGACCCGGGGUUCAUUGAUUUCCUUACAAGCUUGCUUGAGAUCAAUCCAGAAAGACGACCAACUGCAAAGGAAGCCCUCGCACAUCCAUGGCUUUCGCAGUCGUAUGAUUAACCAUUGUCAUAAAAAAAUUUUGAAAAGUUAUUCAUUACUCAUCAAAUAAAUUAAAGAAAAGUAAUAAAAAGAGGGCAAAAGAAGAAAAAGAAAAAAAGAAUUGGUUUCUGGUUUUGCUUUUUACAUACAUGAUACAUGUGUAUAUGCAUGGAGGUUCUUGCAUUUGUAUAUUUGUGCUUUUGUUGAGUAUAGAUUGAGCCCUCCUUUUUUUUUUUUUUUCUUUUUCUUUUGUAAAUUUAUGGAAAGAAAAAGUAGAAUUGUUUGAAACUUAUAUCGAUUUUGUGAUAGAGAAAUGAAAAUUUUGGCUUUUGCUUUA